AUGCAUCCCUCGCAUACGUUGGUCACAAUCUGGGCGGCUAAUCACCCCACUCCUCUCCUACUGUAUUCUGAUAGUUUACUUUGCCAUGUAUUAAUGAUCGUUAUAUUAUCUGAAGUAUAG